CUCGGCUAGUUCGCUCCGGGGACGCUGGGCGUUUUAGGAGCCUCUGCACAUCCUGCCUGCUUUUGCACAUCUGUCCUUCUUGCCUCCUUUUUCCAGCACCCGGAGAGGCCGUCCCGCCCCGCAAGGGAAACAGAGCCAUUGACCAUGGUUGCAACUGGCAGUUUGAGCAGUAAGAACCCGGCCAGCAUUUCAGAGUUGCUGGACCGUGGCUUCCACCCGGGGAGCCUGCUGAAUGAUUUUGACUACUGGGAUUAUGUUGUUCCUGAACCCAACCUCAAUGAGGUGAUAUUUGAGGAGACAACUUGCCAGAAUUUGGUUAAAAUGCUGGAGAACUGUCUGUCCAAAUCAAAGCAGACCAAACUCGGUUGCUCGAAAGUCCUUGUCCCCGAGAACCUGACGCAGAGAAUCGCUCAGGACGUCCUGCGGCUGUCCUCCACCGAGCCCUGCGGCUUGCGUGGCUGUGUGAUGCACGUGAACUUGGAGAUUGAAAAUGUGUGUAGAAAGCUGGACAGGAUUGUGUGUGAUUCUAGUGUGGUGCCCACUUUUGAGCUGACAUUGGUGUUCAAGCAGGAGAGCUGCUCGUGGACGAGCUUCAGGGACUUUUUCUUUAGUCGAGGCCGCUUCUCCUCCGGCCUCAGGCGAACUCUGAUCCUGAGCUCAGGAUUUCGACUUGUUAAGAAAAAGCUUUACUCCUUGAUUGGAACAACCGUCAUUGAAGAGUGCUGAAAGGGAAGCAUUUAGAAGGUCCUUUUUAUGAUUGGACAGUAAAACUGCCCAGCUGC